AAAAAAGGAUAAGCCCCUAUCAAUCAAUCAAUCUUCAACACUAUUUCAUUUCAUAAACCCUAGAAACCCUCACCACCAUCUUCCACAAUUACAGCAGCGGCUAUGGCGUCAACAUCCAUAAAUCUAACAAGCACGUUCAUCGGACUCGUCAAGCUUCAGAAACCCUCACUUUCCGCCGCCAAUUAUCCUCUCUGGAGAAACUUCAGUUUCGGUCAACCAACUCUUACAACCACCGUCCGUACACCACUCGCCGCCGUUAGCUUAUCCCGAUCGAAGCGGUUCUCCGUCGCCGCCACCGCGGCUCCGACGCAGCAGGGUGAGGAUUCCGAUGUUUUGACGAAGAUUCCUCCGGAUAAUCGAAUUCCGGCGACGAUUAUCACCGGUUUUUUAGGUUCCGGAAAGACUACAUUGUUGAAUCAUAUACUUACAGCUGAUCAUGGCAAACGGAUUGCAGUUAUUGAGAAUGAGUAUGGGGAAGUGGACAUUGAUGGGUCAUUAGUUGCUGCGAAAGCAGCCGGAGUGGAGGAUAUCGUCAUGCUUAACAAUGGCUGCCUCUGCUGUACAGUCAGAGGCGAUCUCGUUAGAAUGAUAGGCGAGUUGGUGAGUAAAAAGAAAGGAAAAUUCGACCAUAUCGUCAUCGAGACUACAGGACUGGCGAACCCAGCACCAAUCAUACAAACUUUUUAUGCAGAGGAUCAGAUUUUUAACGAUGUUAAGUUGGAUGGUGUUGUCACGUUAGUAGAUGCGAAACAUGUUAAUAUUCAUUUGGAUGACAUUAAGCCAAAAGGAGUUGUUAACGAGGCUGUAGAGCAAAUUGCGUAUGCUGAUCGUAUAAUAGUAAAUAAGACCGAUCUUGUUGGAGAUAGAGAGGUCACUGCUGUGGUUCAGCGGAUAAAGGGCAUAAACCGCAUGGCUGAAUUAAAGCGUACUGAAUUUGGAAAAGUGGAUUUGGAUUACGUUCUUGGCAUCGGAGGCUUUGAUUUAGAAAGAAUCGAUUCUGCUAUCGAGGUUGAAGCUUCAAAGGAAGAUGAGCACCAUCAUCACCAUGAGCAUGAUCAUGACCAUGAAAAUUGUCAUGAUCAUGAUCACCACCAUCAUGAGCAUGACCACGACCACAAACACGAACAUCAUGAUCAUGAUCAUACCCAUGACCCUGGGGUUUCUUCAGUCAGCAUAGUAUGCGAAGGGAGUUUAGAUCUUGAAAAGGCUAACUUUUGGCUCGGCACAUUGUUAAUGGAUAGAAGUGAGGAUAUAUACCGUAUGAAGGGGCUUAUGUCUAUUGAAGGGAUGGAUGAGAGAUUUGUCUUCCAAGGAGUACAUGACAUAUUUCAAGGGUCACCAGAUCGGAUGUGGAAGCCAGAUGAACCAAGGGUAAACAAGAUUGUGUUCAUAGGAAAGAAUUUAGACGCCCAAGAAUUAGAAAAGGGUUUUAAGACAUGUUUACUGUGAGCUAAUGACCAAAUCAUAUUUAAUGGUUUGAGAGAUCUUUGAACUUGAUACGGAUGGUUUUAACGUCAUGGUGGUUUUGUUGUAUGAUAACAAAAGAAGUCUAAAUCAAACGAGCCGGAUUCUCUUGAGAUGCAUAUUAAA